UAAACUAACAGAUAAGAACAAUAACCGGCGCCUGCCGAUGGUUUGGUUUGCCAUUAACGUUUUUGUUUUGUGUUUUGCUCUAAACUACCUCCCGCGAUAAUUCGGCCUCUACAGUACUAAACAAUUUUCAGGCUACUUUAUUGUCGUCAUUUCCACCAGAGCCGCCGUAAGAGGAUGGCUGGUCUGUUCAGUCUCUUGUUGCAUGUCACCUCUUUUUAUUUCCAGUGUAAGAGCCUCUUCCACGGCGUUCCUCUGCCCCCCUCAUCGCUGGAAUACGGAGCCUGUGUGGUUCUCGGAGCACUGUGUCUCUUCUUCUGCAGCUUCGCCGCCCUGCUGUACACCUGUCGCUCCCGAAGAAAGGCGGCUCGUCGGGUGUCUGCGGGGAGAAGGUCGCCGAAACCAACGAGCGCAAGAUCCAGAGCUAAGUUCUGGAGCUUUGGCCAGGGAAGCUGGGAGCAAAGAAAGCAUCCACAGGACCUAGCAAAGGAUGCAGCCGAAUGGGACAGACAUUACCAGCACCAGUGGAAAAAUUCAGUUCUAUGAUCCAGUCACUAGAAGACAUCAAUGAACGUAUCAUGGAGCAAUUAAAAGAACAGAUGGUUAUUUCCGAGAGAAACAAUAAUCUCACAAAAUCAAUGCUUACCAUAGUUUAUCCAGAGAUUGAACGGUUAAAUGAUGUGAUGACGAAGCUGGAAAACGAAAAAAUGAUUGAGGCAGAUAUGUUGCCAUAUAGGUUGGAGACAAAUGUGCAGACAUCAGAUUUUGAAGAAAUUUGCAAAACUGCGGAGUACUGCCUGUUGGGCCUGUCCGAUGAAAACAGUGAGCUGCGACACCAGCUGCAAGAACAAAAAAGGAGAAACUAUGAACUGGAAGAGACCAAUGGAAGAAAGGAAAAAUGUAUCUUAGCACUCAAAAAAAUAUGCAAAGAACUGUGUUUUAGGUUAGUGAAUAAGAGUAGUUAAAAACUGAAAUUCCAAGGAUUGCUUCAAUUGAGAUGUCUUAGUGAAUAAACUACCAAAGAUUUAAGCAGGGUUUGGACUCCAAAGUAGCCUGUGGUGUUGGGGGUUCAGGACUUUGGAGUCAGACUGUGAAAUCAUGUAUGAUGUGCUGUAGCAGCAUAUG